AUGCCCCACAAGCGGCCUGACGAGGUCGAGUCGGAGAAACGCAAAGGGGGACAGGACCUGAAUAAGGGGGGGCAGGCGCCCCCUAAGGAGGAGGAGGAGCCCAAAGCCAGCAAGAGCCCCGGCUCCGAGUCGCGCCGCAGCUCCCACUCCAGCCACGGGCGCAAGCAUGGCAAGAAGCAUCACGCCGACGCCAACAAGGCCUACUCGCCCUUCCUCAACACUGUCUUCGGCAGGGAGCGGGAUCUGUCCCCAGUAGAACUGGAUGAGCUGCUGGAUGCCUUCAAGGAGUUUGACACGGACCAGGAUGGCUUCGUGAGCUACAAGGACCUGGGCGCCUGCAUGCGCACCAUGGGCUACAUGCCCACCGAGAUGGAGCUCAUCGAGAUCUCCCAGCACAUCAAGAUGAGGAUGGGUGGGCGCGUGGACUUUGAGGACUUUGUGGAGAUGAUGGGUCCGAAGCUGCGUGAGGAGACCGCCCACAUGGUGGGGGUGCGUGAGCUCAAGAUUGCCUUCCGUGAGUUGGACAGGAACGGGGACGGGGAGAUCAGCAGCACAGAGCUGAAGGACGCCCUCCUGGCCCUGCUGGGGGAGCAGGUCCCGCUGCCGGAGGUGGAGGAGAUCCUGCGCGAUGUUGACCUCAAUGGGGACGGCCAUGUGGACUUUGACGAGUUUGUGAUGAUGUUGAGCUCCCGCUAA